CAAAUUCAUUCCAAAAUCGCCUCUGCCGCUUAGCCUUGGGAAAUAAAUAUGUCCCUGCUGUAGCCCUUCGGGCCCCCUCCCCCCCUCCUUUUUCCUUUUUUCUUGAGAUUCUUUCCUUCUCAUCUGUCCCAUCGGUGAUGGCGAUAUCCCCAUCCACCCGCAUCUUGGCCGCCCGGCCUCUCGUCCUUGGUCUUGCCAAGCUGUUGACUCUCGCCUGUGUGAACCUACCCGUCAUCUCCGCCGCUCCCACCUAUGUCAUUCAUUCUGGAGUCGAUCCCAAACCCCCCAGUGACCCCAGUCUAUGGCUCUAUCUCGGAGUCGCUGCUGCUCUGGUCCUGUGUGGCGGUGCAUUUGCUGGUCUGACGAUAGCUUUGAUGGGCCAGGAUGAGGUCUAUCUACAAGUCAUUCAAACCUCCGGUGAGGAGGGCGAACGCAAGAAUGCCGCGAGCGUCUUGAAAUUAUUGCAGCGGGGAAAGCAUUGGGUGCUGGUGACCCUCCUGCUCAGCAACGUGAUCACCAACGAAACUCUGCCCAUUGUGCUCGAUCGGUCACUGGGAGGUGGCUGGCCGGCAGUGCUCGGCAGUACAGUCCUGAUUGUGAUCUUCGGCGAAAUCGUGCCUCAAUCCAUCUGCGUCCGGUACGGGUUACCUAUCGGCGCUUGGAUGGCCCCCUGCGUCUUGGCACUUAUGUACAUCAUGUCGCCCGUGGCCUACCCCGUUGCGAAACUGCUCGACAAAUUGCUGGGAGAAGACCAUGGAACCAUUUACAAGAAAGCGGGCCUCAAAACCUUGGUUACGCUGCAUAAGACCCUGGGUGAGGCUGGGGAGCAGCUCAACUCGGAUGAGGUGACGAUCAUUAGCGCCGUCCUGGACCUCAAGGACAAAUCGGUCGGCAGCAUCAUGACCCCCAUGGAAGACGUCUUCACCAUGUCCGCCGAUACCAUUCUUGAUGAGGAAACGAUGGACCUUAUCCUGUCCCAGGGAUAUUCCCGCAUUCCGAUCCAUGCGCCCGAUAACUCCAUGAACUUUGUCGGGAUGUUGUUGGUGAAGAUGCUCAUCACAUACGAUCCUGAAGACUGCAAACGGGUUAGGGAUUUCGCUCUGGCAACCCUUCCCGAGACGCGCCCGGAGACGAGCUGUCUGGAUAUUGUCAACUUCUUUCAAGAAGGCAAGUCCCAUAUGGUCCUCGUGUCGGAGUACCCGGGUGAGGAUCGCGGCGCCCUGGGUGUGGUUACCCUGGAAGAUGUGAUUGAGGAAUUGAUCGGAGAGGAGAUCAUUGAUGAAUCCGAUGUCUUCGUUGAUGUCCACAAAGCGAUCCGUCGUAUGGCCCCAGCCCCCAAGUCCCGAGUCCCGAAAGGCCGGAUUGUGGAAGAGCCCCCGAUGCUUCCGGCGGAGUCCACUGGGCCGCUGAUCGACGUCGAAGGCGAGUCCACCGCAACUCCUACGCCCAACGGUGGCCCGAAAGAGAAUCGCCGAAGCUCCGUUGAAGCUCCCUUGCCUCGUUUCCAGUUCCGCAGACCCCACUCAGACAAGAAGUCAGAGUCCACUGAUGGCUUGGUGACACAACGCGGUGCAACGGACGAAAUUCGCGAGCAUUUGAAGCAUCUCGGCCCUUCGAAUCUUGCCAGUCGGCCUCGCCAGACCAGAUACCAGAGUGUGAAGAUCAAGCGGAGUGCGUCUCCCUCGCGAUCUGGCCAUACCGAUCUGGAAUAUAGCCAGAGCGCGGAUGGCUUGCUCCGAAGCACGGACCCGGGCUUGCAAGGCGGCAUCGGAGCCGGACUAGUGCAAAGCGGAAUGGACGCACGAGACGGUGUGUAUGCCGUGCGUGCAGGCUACGGCACCUUGAGUCACGGCCGUUCCCUGUCUGACACCGCUCGGAUGACCGACGGGCCUGCGCUUUCCAUACCGGAAGCAGUCCACGAGGAACAGGAUGAUAACACCCGCCCCAGCACCCGUAGACAGCAGAGCAACAGCCGUUCGAAUAGCCUCCUAUCGUCCGACUCCGAGCUCUCCGACCGUCUCCGACCCGGCUGCUACCGACACAAGGGCCCCGCACGCAGUGGUAGCAUCACCGAGCAGGUGGUAGACGUCAACGGCAUCCGCAAAGUAGUCCUUCACACCACCAGCACCAGCUCCUCCGAGGUUGACACACCUAAUGCUAGCGCUCAGCCCCAGUUCCCGGUUCGCCAGAAUGGUGAUAUGGUCAACCUUGGCAACGCCGAUGCAAGCGGUUCGAAGAAGAAACGACGUCGCAAGAGACGCGGACACGGCUCCAAGAGUGGUGAUUUGCAAUCCGAAAAUGCGCCUCUUCUCGCGCAAGAAUAAUUACCCCGCACUGUAUGUGCUUGAAGCGGACUCUGCUGGACAGAGCGAUGGAUGAUGCAGUAUAUCUAUUUGACCGGCCUCAGGUGAUUUCUGUAAGAAUGUUCGGUUGGCAGUAUAGAUAGCACUCCGGUUUCCAAGGGAAAUAUGGAGGAAACAUAUUUUCAAUCUGUGAGAUAGUGGUUCGAAGUUGAUGAAAAAACACUGGGUUAGAGUCGGCCGGUUAUUGUAAGAGUGAAUGGAAUCU